CCACCCCUUUAGGCACAGCUCCCCGACUAAGGCCGGAGACCGGCUCUCCGCGCGGCUAAGGCGUGGCGCCUCCUUAAAAGCCCAGCCCCCCCCUUCCCGGCGCCUCCUUAAGGGGCGCCCCCGAGGCGGGAGGGGAAGGGGGCGUGCCGUAUGCAAAUGAGCCGAGCCCGUGACGUGCGGAAGCCCCUCCCCCUCGGCGAGCAAAAGUUAGCGAGCCGAGCGGCUCCGGACUAGCCGCCGCGAACCAGGCGAGUCGAACAUGGCGCUGCGCCGGGUCGGGACCUUGCACGGCUCCGGGGAGGAGGCCGGGGACGGGGACGGAGCCCCGGGACCGCUCCGGGCAAGGUUGGGGCUGCCGCUGCUCCUGCUGCUCCUGCUCAGCCCCGGCCGGGCUGGCGCCGCCCACGACCGCGGCGGCCCCGUGGUGCUGGGCAUGCGGCUGGAGCACAGCGACCGGCCGCUGUCCGAGCUGGAGUUGGAGGAGGCGGGCGUGCUGCAGGUGCAGGAGGGCGCCCGGAUCCUGCUGCGCCUCUACGGGCUGGGCUUGACCGCCCGCGUCUACCAGGCGGUCUACUUCGCCGAGGUGGGCCUGCCCGGCGGCAACGGCACCUGGACCCGCGGCACCAACGCCACCUGCCCGGAGAAGACGCAGGACAUGGUGGUGCAUCCCCAGGCCGGCGAGAUCCGCGCCACCUCGGCGGUGAUCGGCGUGAAGGUGCGGCUGCUGCGGAAGGCCGAGCGCUCCAAGCUCUACGUCCUGUGCACCCGGAGCGAUCCCGGCCAGCCCUGGCUGCGCCUGGAGGGCAAGGAUGCCUUCCUGCGCGUAGUGGAGGAGAAGCCGCACCUGCUGCCCCUCUGGCUGCAGAUCAUCCUCAUCCUGACCCUGCUGGCCUUCUCGGGCAUGUUCAGUGGGCUCAACCUGGGUCUGAUGGCCCUGGACCCCAUGGAGCUGCGCAUCGUCCAGAAAUGUGGCAGCGAGAAGGAGAAGCGGUACGCCGGCAAAAUCGAACCCAUCCGCCGCAAGGGCAAUUAUCUGCUCUGCUCGCUCCUGCUGGGCAACGUCUUGGUCAACACCACACUCACUAUCUUGCUGGAUGACCUCAUUGGCUCUGGGCUGGUGGCGGUCAUCGCGUCCACCUCGGGCAUUGUGAUCUUUGGGGAGAUUGUGCCCCAGGCGCUCUGCUCCCGCCACGGCCUGGCCGUGGGGGCCAACACCAUCGUUCUCACCAAGAUCUUCAUGCUCUUGACCCUUCCCAUCUCCUUCCCCAUCAGCAAGAUCCUAGACUUCCUCUUGGGCCAAGAAAUUGGCACGGUCUACAACCGGGAGAAGCUGGUGGAGAUGCUGAAGAUCACCGAACCUUACAACGAUCUGAUGAGGGAGGAGCUGAACAUGAUCCAGGGAGCGCUGGAGCUUCGGACCAAGACGGUGGAGGAUGUCAUGACCCCUCUUCACGACUGCUUCAUGAUCAACAGCGAUGGCAUCUUAGAUUUCAACACCAUGUCCGAAAUCAUGGAAAGUGGCUACACCCGUAUACCAGUCUUUGAGGAAGAACGGUCCAACAUUGUGGAUAUCCUGUACAUCAAGGACUUGGCCUUUGUGGACCCUGAUGACUGCACCACCCUCAAGACCAUCACAAAGUUCUACAACCAUCCUGUCCAUUUUGUCUUCCAUGACACCAAGCUGGACGCCAUGCUGGAGGAAUUCAAAAAGGGUAAAUCACACCUGGCUAUUGUCCAAAAGGUGAAUAAUGAAGGUGAGGGCGACCCCUUCUAUGAAGUGUUGGGAUUGGUAACUCUGGAAGACGUUAUUGAGGAGAUAAUCAAAUCAGAGAUCCUGGACGAAUCGGAUAUGUACACUGACAACCGCACGAAGAAGCGUGUGAGCCACAAGAAGGACAAGAGAGAUUUCUCUGCCUUCAAAGACAACGACACAGAGUCCAAAGUGAAGAUCUCACCACAGUUGCUUCUGGCGGCUCAUCGCUUUCUCUCCACCGAGGUGACGCAGUUCACGCCUCCUUUCAUCUCGGAAAAGAUCCUGUUGCGCCUUCUCAGGCACCGGGAUGUAAUCAACGAGUUAAAGUUUGACGAGGAGAACAAGAAGUGUCCUCGGCAUUUUCUCUUCAACCGGAACAAACCGGCUGAUUUCUUCAUCCUCAUCCUUCAGGGCAAAGUGGAGGUAGAAGCUGGCAAGGAGAACAUGAAGUUUGAAACUGGGCCUUUCUCUUAUUACGGAGUGAUGGCUUUGAGUCCCUGUGUCACAACACCGCCAGACAGAUCCCAGCACCAGUCCAUUAUACAGCGAGGAUCCUUGCAUUCCAAGCUGUCAGUUUCAGAAAUGCGUUCUCCAUCUCAUAUGAGUAAUCUGAAUCGCUCGGCGUCUCUUUGCUACCACGAGCGCACCGAGUCCAUCUCUUCCAAUUUCACUGGCAGCAACAACCAGCUUAACGUCAACAUGAGCUCCCAGUAUCUCUCAGACUUCAGUGUUCGUGCUCUUACAGAUCUCCAGUAUGUCAAGAUCACGCGCCUCCAGUACCAAAACGGUCUCAUGGCCUCCCGCCUGGAGAGCUGUCCCCAAUCCCCCGACGGGAGCCCCCCCAAAGCGGACCCCUCCUCGGCAGAAAAAGGGAGCACCCUGUCCAACAACGAGAUGAUUGGCCUCUUGAACGAAAGGAACUGCCAGCAUCAAAAGACGAACCACAACCCCCCCGACAAUGUGGUCUGACCCCGGCAUUGGGGCAGUUGGCCCGGCCCAGCUCGCCCACUUUUUUUCCUUUUCAAAGACCCAAGAGUGCCCACAGGAGAUUCCGAUUGUGUGUCGAUAUCAACCUCAGGUAGCAGCUGCAAUCCGCGCUCUCUGGUACUGUUUCCCACUCGCCUGCCCUGUCUUUCUAGCCAGGUGGUUUGGAACUGGGAGGGGAAGCCAGCCAGCCAGCCUUGAAAGCAAUCGGAAGCCACCUCUUCUAAGGUGACAGGCCCCAUCCUGGGUCACCUGCACAAUCGAGGGUUCUUCCCUGUCUGCAUCAAAGCAAGCUGGACUAGCAGGACAAGCACGUUUCCCCUUUCUCUGUGCUGGUUUUUUAACUGGAUACAACGGAGAGGAAGGCAAGCCACUGGCACACCCAGGGGAACCUCGAAGCAGCUGCCUUUUUCCAGGGUGCCCAGUUCUGGUACUGCCUUCCCCACCAGGGAAGGGUGUCCUUCCGAAGGAGCACGUAGUUACAAAGGCGGCACCCAACGUGAUGGAGGGGGACGUAGGUUUAUAGAGAUGCCAGCCACCCUCUCUUCAUAAGACAGACUUCGUUUUCCCAUCUCAGGGAGUUCUGAGACUUUGUUAUUUGGGAUUAUCUAUUUUUCCCCCCCUCUUUAAUCAAGCCAUUGGGGUAUUUGAGAGCAGGGAUGUGCCUGACAUGGAGGAACCAGCCAGAGUUUUCAUGCUGGUAGAAUCUGUCCCUUCUCCUUUUCAGAAGGAUCUCUGAAUCAUUUUCCUGAUUCAACCCAGGUUCUCCUUUCGUUCCAGCUUUUGGCUUCUGUUUCAAGGGACCCUAACGGAAUCAGUCGUAGGAGAAGUAACAGCAAGAGGUCAACUGAAAGUUACAUCCGGUUGCAUUGCAGAUCAAUGCCUCCCUAGGUUUUUUUUUUUUUUUUAAGUUUCUGCAAAUAGAAAACUAACAAAUGUCGGGCAGAGGUACAGCUUUUUCUUUGAUCUACAUUGUUUCUACUUGCAGGGAGUUGUCUUAGUUUGGGUUAAUAAUCCUCAUUUUGUUCUUUUUUUUUUUUAACUGGGGAAGAUUUAAAUGAAUAUCCUCCGCCGUCUGUCUCCAGAGGUACUGUUCAUUUCUGACAACUCGAAAUGGGGCUAUAGUUGUAUAUAGUCAGUCUCUGAUUUCCAGUUUCAAGGUACCCUAUGCCUUUGCGUGAGUUUCUGGUGCAAUCAAAGUUGUGGGAUCAGUUUUGCGGUAUUUGGCAAGAUUAAAAAAUGGAACAUUCGAGUAUUGCAGCUGAAAAAUGGAUUGUCAUUCCAGCUCUAAAUGCUUGGAUCAUCUUUUUGGAGAUGAUGCAAACAGGUGGCUGUACUUGUAGUAACCAAUUACCUUUUGUUGCGUUUCUUUUUCAUCCUGACUUGGAUCUGAAGUCCUCCGGGUUUAGUUGUGGACCACAAGUAAACCAUGUUUUAUUGGGAUAGAGGAAAACUGAGUGAAUUUGAUUAUUACGUUAUCCAAAGAUCACGUUAUCCUUUUUGUUUUUCUGUAGCUUUUUACAAUCAUUGUUUUUCUACCGGUUGGAAUCAGAAUAGGAGUUCAGGUGGUUAAUUUUCAGUGGCCAAAUUUCAUGCAGUUAUACCUUGAUGUAAAGCAACUUCCUGUACAACAUAGAUGGGUGUGAGAUUUGGGAACAACUUGGAGGCAUUCUUCGAUAACAGGUUUUUUUUGCAAACAAGACACUGAGUAUGAUCAGUGGAUCAAAGCAAAUAGGCAAAAACACCAGUUUCAUUGAAGGAUGCAUUCGUUGGGACAUCUGAAGCAUCGAUGCCGCAGAGUCUGUCCUAUGAGUAUGAAUGUUUGGGCCUUCAGCAGAUGUUGCAAACUUGAAAACCAGAUGUUGAAUUAGCAAGUCCGCUCUUCAAGGCUGGAGAGCACCUAUGAAUGUACGCUCAUUGAAUCCCUCCAUUCGGAAUCGGUUACCACUCAGAAACGCCUUUUAAAAUGUGCAAACCCGUCUCAGAAAACGGAAUCAUUUGUGCAUCGUGGUUGAACAUUUUCAUUCCCGUGUCUCUGCCGUCUUAAAUUCUCAUGUUUUCUUCUACAAAAGACACCCCACUUUUCAUUUUGCUUCCUCUGACCCUCAAAACUGCCUGGGGUUUUAAAUUCCUUCCCUCAUCCUUAUUGUCAAGGCCUUGGGCACAAUGACAGCCAGCCUCUGUCACACUUGAGAACCACCCAGAUCUGUAAGGCUUCACUUCUUUUCAUUCCCUAGAUAAAGGGUGAUGACAACCAGUUGUAAUGAAACACAUCUGGAGGGAAUUAAGUUCAAGAUGGUUGCCUACCGUACACUACUCUUCUUUUGAGUUGGAUUAGAUACCUCCUGACUUUAUGGAUACUUCUGUGUUAUUUUGGGGUGACAAUGUAGAAGUGACUUCACAUUGCCUUUUGCAGGAUUUUUUUUAAACAUGCAGCUUGGCAUCUCCUUGUGGUGUCCUAUCCCAGCAUAACCAGAUUUGACCCUGUUUAACUCGUUGAGAUCAAGCAAUCAUAAAUCAUAAAUGUAUGUAUUUCUGUUUUGCCCUCUUGUCAUCUCAUAAAGGAACAAGCACACUCACAAACAAGUGUAUGAGUAAUAAUGCUACAACAAUGCUAAUAGAUGCCAACUAUGAUUUCCCCUGAGUCACCUAGUAACCUCUAGCUAAUUAAGAAUUUAAUUAAGAAUUGAGAAAAUUAAAAUAAUUAACAACAUCAUGUCACCUUGUUUAAAGAGACAUGGCACUUAUUGUAUUUAUUUGCAGAUGUUUUAUUCUCCAGAGCCUCAUCAAGUUCUGAGUGAGGUUUGAUCAAUCUUAAAGGGAUUCUUAAAGUGGAUAUGCUUCCUACGUAAAGGGAAAAAGUUUAAAAAUUAAUAAUUACAUCUUGCACAACAGAUGAGUGGCCAAUAGAAUUGUGGGUUAUGGGAAAUACGUGAUCUAGCUCAGGGGUCUUCCAACUUGGCCCUUUUAUGACUUGUG